AUCUCGUCAGUUGACUUUGAACAGUUAAGCCGGUCGGUUGGUCGCUUGGUUCGUUGGUCAGCGCAACGGAAUAAAACAGGCGAAAGCAAGCCAAUAGUAUACGUCAUUAACCGUUACACUGCUGAGGCAGAAAAAACAAAAGAGCGCGCGUUGCAAACCAUUUUGCUUCUUCAUAUGAAUUCUGGAAUUUGUUUUUUUUUUGGUUAAGUUUUUUUGUUGUUGUUUGAAAGCAGAUAAAAGUGUUCGGCGAAGAAAAAUGUAUGAAUGAAUUUUUAGCGCGUUUUUAAAUAGAAGCAGCUUGAAUCACAAUAAUUAAAAAACAUAAGGAAAAGAUUGUUGAGCAACGGAGCCAUUCGAAUCGUUCACGAUGCUGCCGCAGCAAUAUUGCCUGCGCUGGAAGUACCAUCAUAGCAAUCUGCAGACGAUGUUCUCGCAGCUGCUGGACCGCGGAUGCUUCUGCGAUGUGACGCUCGCCUGCGAGGGCCAAUUGAUAAGGGCCCAUCGUGUGGUGCUCUGUGCGUGCAGCACCUUCUUCGACUCGGUGCUGUCGAAUUAUGCCAGCGAACGUGAUCCGAUCAUCAUCAUGAAGGAUGUCACCUUCGCCGAGGUCAAGUGUCUCAUCGAAUUCAUGUAUAAGGGCGAGAUCAAUGUGGAGCAUGCCAGCUUGCCCUCGCUGCUGAAGACCGCUGACGAUCUGAAGAUCAAGGGCCUCGCCGAGGUUACCUGGCGCGAUGACGACGAUGGGCCGCCACCUCCGAUGCCGGCUGCCGAGUUCCAUUCGCCUCCACGCAGUCUGGCUGAGAGCUAUGGCCACGAUCUGGUAAAUCAGCAGGCGGCGCAUCUACAGCCACAGCUCUCGCUCGCACACAGCGAUCGGGAACGGGAAAGGGAACGUGAACGUGAACGUGAACGUGAACGUGACCGUGAACGUGAACGUGAACGCCAUUCGCCAGCGGGUCUGGAUAAUGUCUUGGGUCUGAAUGCCGGCACUCGGUUGCCCGAUUUGACGCCCCUGCCCAGUGCCAGCGCUGGCUUGGACUGCCCAGCGACCGUCUCGGAUCCGUUUCUGGGACCCAAACGCAAACGGGGACGUCCUCCGCUGGAUGACACAUACGAUGUAUUCAAUGUUCGCAAACUGGCUCAAUAUGCUGCAAACUUGGAGCCGGCACAGCGCGCAUAUUUGGAGUCGACGCGUCCCUUUGUUGAGGAAACGUUGCCAGUAGCACAUUCCGCCGCAUUGGCGUCGCCGCCUGCUGCCUGCCCGCCCAAGCAGCGCCAGCGUCUGCGCCAGCAGCAGCAGCAGCAGCAACAGUCGACGCCAGCACAAAUGGAGUUGGGGGAGCGCGAAUUAGACGCAACACAGGAUUGGGCCAAAGAGUCAAGCCCCAAGCUAAGCGAUGUGGAGCUAAAGACAGAGCUGGAGCUGAGCAACGAUGCGAGCACUAUGCAGGCAACAACAACAACAACAGCAGCAGCAGUUGGAAUCGCUACCACUGCGCCGCUCUCCAGCUCCGCCAAGAAGCUGGUGGAGAAGCCGGUCGAGCGACGCGAGCGUCAUGGCAAGCUGCGUCAUGCCACGCGUCGGCUUUACGGCGAACAUGAAAAGUCCGCCGAGAAGAAGCGCACAACAGCAGCGGCAAGCGAGUCGCCGGCAUUGGAUCAGCUGACGUCGCCCGAGCCGGGUGACCUGAGGGCGAGCGCGGCCGAUGUCGAUGUCAAUGCUGACGGCGACGCCAACGCCGACGCGUUGCCAAAGCCCGUCGAGGAGAUCGAGAAUGAGCAUUUGGUGGCAAAUCGAGCCGAUUCGCCAGCUCUGCUGCCGGCUGCCGGCUUUGGUGGCAAGUACUUGAUCAACGAUCAUGGCAUGCUAAUGGCACACGAUUUUGCGCCCAAUGCGGUGGCCAGCGCUGCGGUUGCGGCCGCUGCGGCAGCGGCAGCUGUUGCUGUUGCCACUGCCAAUGGUAGCGGCGGCAGCGGCAACAACAACAACAACAACAACAGCAGCAGCAACAACAACAACAACAACAAUGCGUCUGCAAGUGGCAUCGAGCAUGCCGGCGACUAUGCCGAGGUCAAGCUGGAGGAUUACGAUGCAGCUGAGCUGCGGCUGACCAACGAGGAGCUAACCCAGUGGCAGGAUGUCAUCAAAAUGGAUGACUAUUUGGCCAAGGGGCGACGUCCACAGUUCUGGGAGGAGCCAUUCACCAAGCGCGUACUUGAUGCCAUCAAAAACAAAAGACUUGAAAUGAAGAAGGCGGCUCGCAUCUUGGGCGUCUCCUAUGGAACGCUCUACGGGCGCUAUCGCGAGGUCUACGGCUGUCUGAAGCAUCCCUAUAGCGGCACCACUUUCCGCAAUUCCGUCGCCUCCUCCGCAGGCAGCCAGCUGUCGGUGCAGCCGCGAUUCGAUCUGAGUUUCCGCAGCAGCAACGUUUUACCCACCCCACUGGAGCUGGGCAAGCUGCGGCAAAAGGAUCUCAGUGAGCUCUGGACGCGUCCGCAGAUAUGAAAACCAACGAAGGUGUUGAAAAAUCUCAAACGUCGACCCAGAUUGAUCUAAUCUUAGUGUUAAGCACAAUUUCGAUAGGCUAAUAUACUUAUGGUCUAUAUACCCACAAAACAAACAAACAAAAAAACAUUCAACAAAAAGACAGUUAAGUUAAGCGUGAGGCUAGUUUAAGAUAAUCGAAAGGAAAACAAAAAAAUAUGAAGAAAAUAUUUUAAGAUUUCCUCAUCAUUUUCUGCAUGUUAUAAAACUGUUUGAAUAUAUAUAUAUAUAUAUAAAUCCAUAUAUACAUACACUUAUAUAUAUAUAUUGUGUAUUGUAUUAGAGUGGUAUUAUCUAACAUUCAAUGUGAGUGAAGUAGCUAUUUUGUGUCAGUAGUGAAAUUUAAAUACAAUUUAAAUUAGUUUUUCAAAAAUAUAACUUAAUGGGGAUACAAAAAAAAUCAACUAAAAAUUAUAUAUACAUAUAUGAAUUAAACAAAUAACGAAAGUACACAAUUUUUUGAUAAUAUUACAAAAACAAAAGUAUUACAUAUAAACUUUAUAUGAUUAAAACAAAAUCACAUGAAAUAUUACAAAA